AUGGCUACCCCUAGUGUUCUCACCUUUGAUGCCGAGGGUCGGGCUGUCGACUUUGAGGUCUGGGUCGAUGAUCUGCAGCUUUUCCUGCAGUGCGAUAGGAAAGACGGUCUCUCACUAUUCGAUCUCACGUCUGGCGCCUCUGCUGCCCCUGGUGCCGAUGCUGACAACACUAUUCGCUCACAGUGGGCCACACGCGAUGCUGCUGCCCGUCUUGCUGUGCGUAGUCACUUGCCGUCCACUGAGCGCGCGCACUUUAGUCAGUACAAGAGUGCUAAGACCUUGUACGACGCUGUAGUUGCACGCUACUCUUCCCCUGCCACUGCUGCCCUUAGUCGCCUCAUGCUGCCGUGCCUGUUCCCUGACCUCGCCACCUUUCCCACAGUCGCUGACCUCAUUACGCACCUUCGCACUAGUGACACCCGCUACCGCGCUGCGCUUCCUGCUGAGUUCUGCGCCAAGAACCCCCACCCCAUGUACAUCACCCUCUACUACAUAGUCACCCGGCUCCUUGACUCCCUUCGCUCGGUCAGGGACCACUUCCUCUCUGUUUGCCCCACCACACUCACCGUUGACCUCCUCGGGGAGCGCCUCCUGGCAGCUCAGAAGAGUGCUGGUCCCUGUGCCUACGUCCUGCGUACUGGCGACCGCACUAGUGAGCCGUGCGGUAGCCCGCGCACCACCCAGCGCUGCUUCGGCCGCCUGACGGACGCCUGGCGUCUCCAGUUCCCUGACGCCACUGAGAUUUCUCGCUGGGGCGAGCUGCUUAGGUCGGGGGUUGCUAUCUUUGAUCUUGAUUAUGAUGCUAUUCUUGCUGCCAUGUAUGUUGUGUCUACUAGUGAUUUUGGUGACUGUUACCUGUGUGUUCCGCAUGACCCGGGCAUUGAGGCUACUGCUCUAGGUGCUGGUGAAGCUGCUGCUCUAGGUGCUAGUGCGCCUGCUGCUCCAGGUGCUGGUGAGUCUUCUCCCCCAGGUGCUGGUGAGUUUGCACUCUCAGGUACUACGUCGGCUCAGGCCUUCCACACCUUCACCCUUGAUUCGGGUGCUUCCUGCUCCUUCUUUCGAGACCGCACCACACUCACGCCGCUUCGUCAACCGGUUGCAGUCUCCCUGGCAGACCCCUCUGGGGGUCCUGUCCUUGCCCGUUUCUCCACUGUCUUACCGUGUCAGGCGGCCCCUUCUGGCACCCUGUCAGGUCUUUACCUCCCCUCGUUCUCUACGAACUUGGUGAUUGGUGCUGAUCUACAGGAUGGGGGGGUUGACGAGUUCACUCCUGCGAAUCAGCGAGUGACCCACUGCACGUGUGCUCGGACGGGCUGA